ACAAAUGGAAACUUUCUUCAACUACCCGAUGAGCUCUGAUUUUCUCAGAAUAUUUAUUGUGUCUCAACCUACAGGGCCAUUGAAGGUGGCCAAAGCAUCACAGGUCUCUCAUAAGUGUGUGCUUUUGCCUUAUAAAGAGAGGUUUGUUGUCAUGCCCCUCUUACAUAUCAACAGUUCUAGUACUAGGUUAUAGGUGGAGUUGUGGAAAGUUUAUGUUUGGGAGCAGAGUAGUGGGCGACAAAAUUUAUGUUGACUGACAACUGACUUAACUUUUUGAAGAACUGAAGAUUAACUGUUUUUUUCCACAAAAGUUUCUGUAUGUAUGUGCAUUUUGAUGAUAUGUUUUUGGUUGUUGAAUUUCUGGAAACCAAGACUGUUAAUAUUAUAGCCGAGUCAUGGUUUGAGGAUGGUGUCACUUGGUGGCCAAAUUAUAGUAAUGAUGAACGCAUAAACAGAGCUGUACAAAAGUGUGAGGAACCAAGAACAGGCUGGAAACAGUAUGAUGUUCGAGUCCUCUCAAGAACUGGUGAUUAUCGAAAGGCAAGAGAGAAACUGAGGGCCUCACUGACCUGUAACACGUCUGAGUUACAAACAGACGACGAGGAAGAAGUGAUUAGGAAAAGAAAAAUUAAGCCAAGGCACGUUUUUGGUGAUACAGACUCGGACAAUGAACUAGAAGUGGGUAAAAAGAGGAGAUGCAGCAGUAUCUCCUCUGCACCAGCACCACCUAUUCCUCCACCUACUCCUGACAUACCCUCUGAUUCAGCUUGCCAGACCUCUACUGGACCUCUGCUAAACCUGAGGCAUACUGAAUAUCCCUGUUUUACGACUGUGCCACCUGCCCCCAUUACGACACUUGGCAUGCCUUCCAGUCCUCUUCACCACUUCUCCAUUAGACAUUCUGAACACGGCCGUUACACAGCUCCAGUGCAUGCAGUUACCACCCCCAUCUCUCACAUGCCCUCAAGCUCUAUGAGCCAGGUCUCUGCUACACCUAUUUCUGAAGAACAUCAAGACCAUUCAUUUAACCCCAGGUUUAGACUGGGGAGGACAGGCACUGGACCUAUUCCUUGCUCUGCCGCUCAACUGCACAUCCUAACAUUGUUGGAACAUAUCAAGGAACAGCAGAUGCAGCUUGCUGCUAUCGUUAAUAAUCUUGCUGCACGUAUGGCGACAGACACUGUUGUUGCUGAAAUGCCUCCCAAUAUCAGUUUGCCACUGGCCACCAUGUCUGAAGUUGAGGAGUUGGAGGAGUGGCUUAAAGAUUCAAGAAACUCGCAUGCUAAGCAAAACAUGAUUUCUGCUCUGGGUGCUACAGGAGGACAAAACGCUAAACGAGUCACAUGGAACAUACUUUCAAGGCUUUUCUCAGAUGCAGUAGCCAAAAAAAUAAACUGGAAAGGAGUUAAUGGGAAAAAGUGCUUUAAAGAAAUGCAUACAAGAAGUUUGUUGAUCAGAGCUGUAAGGAAGAACCAGUCUUCCUCCGGUGUAGCAGAUAGUGAGGUCGAUUCUUACACCAUCCGUUGGUUUAACCUGGCGUCUGACCGUGGAGGUGGCCGGAAAGAACGUGCAAGAGCCAAAGAGGCAUCAACUGAGGUGAAAUUUCUAUGGAAGAAGCAUUAUGGCAGUGUGUGUUUUUUUAGCUUUGAUUUUUGCACUUGGUUCAAUUUUAAAAAUGUAACUUGGGUUGUCUUGGUUAUUCUGAGACUUAGACUUGACUCGUGUUCACAACAUAGUACAGUUAGUAUGUGGAAUCAUAUUCUGAGCAAUAGGUGCUGACCUCCAAAAGGAAAAGGACAUUUAGCAUUUAAUGUCAUACCCUGCUACAAUAACAGUGCUCCCUGAAUGCAGCUGCAGCACAUUUGUAUGGCAAGAUAUAAUAUUACAGUAUAACCAUACAAAAUGUAUUUCCUAAACGGCUGUCUGUAGCUGGGUCAUGCAGCCACUUGACACUGAGCGAAACUUUAGCCUACCGUAAAUUGUAUUCUGGACCAGCAAAAUGCACCGUUAUCUUGGGCCCGGGUGACAAAGCAACACCAGUGCUCUACCUUGCUGCCAUGGUUAAUGCGCUUUGAUGUUUUAUGUUUCAAUGAGAGGAAGUGCCAUGUGAAUGCAGUGCACAGUGCAGGAUUCAAGUGUGGCUGCCUGAAUUAGCUCACAGGUGUCACGUCAUUUAAUGCAACAUUAUAGAGGUAAAGUUUACAUAACAUUAAAAAGCAUGUUCGUAAGACAUGAUCAAUACAUUUAAGAACUAUAAAAAUAAGAUAUUUU